CCAAUAUCAUACAUUCCUACAUACUUUCCAUUUACUAGCAAUUUCUUCAAGUUCUUUUCUUUGUUUUUUUAGUCAAUGGCUGACCACCACCUCCAAAACACUCAACCAAUGACUCACCAAAUGGUGAAAGCCGCUACUGCCGCAACAGCCGGUGGUUCCCUCCUCAUUCUCUCCGGUUUAAUCCUAGCUGGCACCGUUAUUGCACUCACUAUAGCCACUCCACUCUUCGUUAUUUUCAGUCCAGUUCUUGUCCCUGCUCUCAUUGCAACAGCUCUCCUAGCAACGGGUUUCGUCGCCUCCGGUGGUUUCGGUGUUGCAGCCGUCACGGUUCUGUCCUGGAUUUACAGGUAUGUGACGGGGAGGCACCCACCGGCGGCGGAUCAGUUGGAUAGUGCGGGGAUGAAAUUGGCUAGCAAGGCACGGGAGAUGAAAGAUAGGGCGGCACAGCUCACCGGUGCGGCGGCUUCUUAAAUUAGUUCUCUACUGCAUGCUUUUGUAAUGGAGCUGUGCAAAAGUUCAGGAUCAAGUGGCCAUUAAACCGAUCCUUAAUGAUGUUGUUGUUAUGUUGUUGAUGAUGAAAAGAUGUUUUUUUCUAAAUUUAAAAGCAGCAUUAGAAACUUUGGGGGGAUGAUGUGGCUGUCUGUUUAUGUUAAAAACUCCCAUGUAAUUGACUGUAAUAAGCACUACUUGUUUUUGUUGUUA